UGGUUGGAGGAGACCUUGAGCAAGCGUGAGCUUGGUGGCUGGCCCCCUGGCUCUGGGAGAAGGGGAAAGUCAAGGCUGGGCAUUUUCUGAGCUGAAUUGGUGGGACCCAGUGCCAAUGAGAUGUGCUUUCUUUGCCUUGCAACUGAUGGGAGCUGCUGUGGCCUUAGCAGGUGGCUGCCUUUGAGCCUCUGGUUUCUCUAGUCCCGAGUCCCUGUCUGCUGUGCUCACAGUGGGCCCUCCUUUCUCCAUCCACACCAUGGCCCACAAGGUCCUGCUUGAUCUUAUGCUUGGAGCCCGCUCUGACCUCCUCUCCUGCCUCUCUCCCUUCCCACUGCCCUCCAGUCAUGCUGACCUCCUUGCCGUUCCUUGAACAAUGAAUGCUAAUCAUAUGCCCACCCCAGGGCCUUUGCACUUGCUGUUCUCUCUACCUGGGAUGUUUUUCUCCCAGACACAUGGCUCGUGCCUUUACUGUUUUUAAUCUCUGCUCUAAUGCCACCUCCCCUGAGAAGCCUUCCCUGACUAUCUUUUUCUGAAAAAGCUCCUCUGGGUCAUUCCCUUUCUCCUUACCUGCCUUGUGUGUCUUCAUAGCCCCUUGAUCCCCUGAAGUGCCACCCAUCUGUGUGUAGAUGUAUUUAUUGUCUCUCCUGCGCCACUCCCCCACUGGGAUGUUGGCUUCCCAGGGCAGGUGUUUGUGUCUGUUUUCACUUCCAGCGUUUCCCCAGUGCUCAGAACGGAGUCUGGCACACGGCAGGAGCUCAGCACGUAUUCGGAUGGCACAUUGAAUAACUGAAUGGUCAUGGAUUAUAUUCCAUGCCUGCCCACACAAGAGGGUUGUAAGAAUUCAGGGCAAGGUCUGAGCCCCACUCCGGGAACCUGGAAUGCUGCUGCAGACCCCCACUCCCUGCCCUGGGCUCCACACUGGUGAGGGUGGUGCUGUGCUGGCUCUGGGCAGGGACCUGGCUUUGUCUGGUUGUUGACUGAGAAUUUCCUGCAUUCUGAGCCUUGGGCUGGGCACUGGGACACCGAGAUGAGGGCGGUGCUGUGCACCCAGGCCCUUAACGUGCUCCGAGGCUUAUCAGUGCCCAAUAACAACACACAGAGAGAGGCUUUAUGGCACUGACUGUGGAGGAAGGAGAUAACAGGAACUAGAAUCAUCAGGGCAGUCUUCCUGGAAGAAGAAGUAUCUCAGUUGCUCACUUGAAGGGUUGGUAAGAGGAGAGCAUUGGAGCUGUUUUCCCCUUGAUGCCAAGACCUGCCAAGCUAGGAGCACUCUCCUCCUUUCACAGUCAUCCACCAAGAACAGGCCUGCAGGACGUGGGGACCAAGCCCAGAGCUUUGCUGCACCCCAGGCACUCCCUGCCAUCUGGGAGCAUGGCCUGUGCCCGUAACUGAGCGUUGCCUGCGGGGCGAGGAACACCAGCAUGGUUCAGCCUGUUGGCUGCCAUCAGCCGCCCUGCUGCUGAAGCUGCACUGGAGAGACUUGUGGGGGCUGCUCUGCCCCUGCUCCCCCAGGCUGUGGGCCAGGGGCCCACACGGCUAGGAGGGAGGCCUGCCAUUCAUGGGUCUCUAGGGAUUUCCGAGAUGCCUGGGAAGAGGGGCUGGGGCUGGUGGUGGGCCCGGCUGCUCCUUUGCCUGCUCCUCAGCCUGUCUGGGCCCUGGGUGCCUUCCUCCCUGGGGAAGCCCAAAGGCCACCCUCAAAUGAAUUCCAUCCGCAUAGAUGGUGACAUCACUCUGGGAGGCCUGUUCCCGGUGCACGGCCGGGGCUCAGAGGGCAAGGCCUGCGGAGAACUCAAGAAGGAAAAGGGCAUCCACCGCCUGGAGGCCAUGCUCUUUGCUCUAGAUCGCAUUAACAAUGACCCGGACCUGCUGCCCAACAUCACGUUGGGCGCCCGCAUACUGGACACCUGCUCCAGGGACACCCAUGCCCUGGAGCAGUCGCUGACCUUUGUGCAGGCGCUCAUUGAGAAGGAUGGCACGGAGGUCCGCUGUGGCAGCGGCGGCCCGCCCAUCAUCACUAAACCUGAGCGCGUGGUGGGUGUCAUCGGUGCUUCAGGGAGUUCGGUCUCCAUCAUGGUGGCCAACAUCCUUCGUCUCUUCAAGAUCCCCCAGAUCAGCUACGCCUCCACAGCCCCCGACCUGAGUGACAACAGCCGCUACGACUUCUUCUCCCGCGUGGUGCCCUCGGACACGUACCAGGCCCAGGCCAUGGUGGACAUCGUCCGUGCCCUCAAGUGGAACUACGUGUCCACGCUAGCCUCGGAGGGCAGCUACGGCGAGAGUGGCGUGGAGGCCUUCGUCCAGAAGUCCCGUGAGGACGGGGGUGUGUGCAUUGCCCAGUCGGUCAAGAUACCACGGGAACCCAAGCCUGGGGAGUUCGACAAGAUCAUCCGGCGCCUCCUGGAGACCUCGAACGCCAGGGCAGUCAUCAUCUUUGCCAAUGAAGAUGAUAUCAGGCGUGUGCUGGAGGCGGCCCGGAAGGCCAACCAGACCGGCCACUUCUUCUGGAUGGGCUCGGACAGCUGGGGCUCCAAGAUCGCCCCUGUGCUGCACCUGGAGGAGGUGGCCGAGGGUGCCGUCACUAUCCUCCCCAAGAGGAUGUCCGUGCGAGGCUUCGACCGCUACUUCUCCAGCCGCACGCUGGACAACAACCGGCGCAACAUCUGGUUUGCUGAGUUCUGGGAGGACAACUUCCAUUGCAAGUUGAGCCGCCACGCGCUCAAGAAAGGCAGCCAUGUCAAGAAGUGCACCAGCCGUGAGCGCAUUGGGCAGGACUCGGCGUACGAGCAGGAGGGGAAGGUGCAGUUUGUGAUCGACGCCGUGUACGCCAUGGGCCACGCGCUGCACGCCAUGCACCGUGACCUGUGUCCGGGCCGCGUGGGGCUCUGCUCGCGCAUGGACCCUGUGGACGGCACCCAGUUGCUCAAGUACAUCCGCAGCGUCAAUUUCUCAGGCAUCGCGGGGAACCCUGUGACCUUCAAUGAGAACGGAGACGCACCUGGGCGCUAUGACAUCUACCAGUACCAGCUACGCAACGGCUCUGCCGAGUACAAGGUCAUCGGCUCCUGGACUGACCACCUGCACCUCAGAAUAGAGCGGAUGCACUGGCCAGGGAGCGGGCAGCAGCUGCCCCGCUCCAUCUGCAGCCUGCCCUGUCAGCCAGGUGAGCGGAAGAAGACGGUGAAGGGCAUGCCCUGCUGCUGGCACUGCGAGCCCUGCACGGGGUACCAGUACCAGGUGGACCGCUACACCUGCAAGACAUGUCCCUACGACAUGCGGCCCACAGAGAACCGCACGGGCUGCCAGCCUAUCCCCAUCAUCAAGCUUGAGUGGGGCUCACCCUGGGCCGUGCUGCCCCUCUUCCUGGCUGUGGUGGGCAUCGCGGCCACGCUCUUCGUGGUGGUCACCUUCGUGCGCUACAACGACACGCCCAUCGUCAAGGCCUCGGGCCGCGAGCUGAGUUACGUGCUGCUGGCGGGCAUCUUCCUGUGCUACGCCACCACCUUCCUCAUGAUCGCCGAGCCCGACCUGGGUACCUGCUCUCUGCGCCGGAUCUUCCUGGGGCUCGGCAUGAGCAUCAGCUAUGCGGCCCUGCUCACCAAGACCAACCGCAUCUACCGCAUCUUCGAGCAGGGCAAGCGGUCGGUCAGCGCCCCGCGCUUCAUCAGCCCCGCCUCGCAGCUGGCCAUAACCUUCAGCCUCAUCUCCCUGCAGCUGCUGGGCAUCUGCGUGUGGUUUGUAGUGGACCCCUCCCAUUCGGUGGUGGACUUCCAGGACCAGCGGACGCUCGACCCCCGCUUCGCCAGGGGCGUGCUCAAGUGUGACAUCUCGGACCUGUCGCUCAUCUGCCUGCUGGGCUACAGCAUGCUGCUCAUGGUCACGUGUACCGUGUACGCCAUCAAGACGCGCGGAGUGCCUGAGACCUUCAAUGAGGCCAAGCCCAUCGGCUUCACCAUGUACACCACCUGCAUCGUCUGGCUCGCCUUUAUCCCCAUCUUCUUUGGUACCUCGCAGUCGGCUGACAAGCUGUACAUCCAGACGACGACGCUGACGGUCUCGGUGAGUCUGAGCGCCUCGGUGUCCCUGGGGAUGCUCUACAUGCCCAAGGUCUACAUCAUCCUCUUCCACCCGGAGCAGAACGUGCCCAAGCGCAAGCGCAGCCUCAAAGCCGUCGUCACCGCCGCCACCAUGUCCAACAAGUUCACGCAGAAGGGCAGCUUCCGGCCCAACGGCGAGGCCAAGUCCGAGCUCUGCGAGAACCUGGAAGCUCCAGUGUACCUGGCUUCCAGCACCACCACCCCCCCUUUGAUGGACACCCCUGAUGACUCUGUUGGCCACACCCUCCACCAGAUGACAUCUGGUUCUCUCCAGUCCUGCUCUUCCUCCCAGAGCACCAGCUUCCCUGUACCUACAGCCUGGGGCUCCCUUCAGAUGCCAGGCAGACACCCCUGGCUGCACCUGGCAGAUGUACCCUCUUCUCUGAGCUGUCAGGAUCCUGAUGGAGUCAAGGCAGUUUUAUGGCCAAGGGCACCGGCGCUUUCCCCCGUCUAGUCUUCUCUCUCAGCACCAGCAGACCAGCCUCAGUUACUCUCACUGAGCUGUCCCCAGGCCACAGAGGGAGACCCUGAACCCUGGCAGGACAGGACAAAAACCAGGACCUGGCUGGACUCCUCACCCCUCUGGCCUCAGCUCAAUUGUUAAGUGGGGGUGCUGCUCAUCUGGCCUCCUUGCGAGGCUGCCGUGAGGCGUGAACCCCGGCGGGGUGGAGGUGGGGGCACUCGGGCUGCCCAGGGGAGCUGACGUUGUCACCUGGCUGUGGUGGGGAAGGGAGACACCCAGAGAGGCAACCCUGGUCCCAGUGCGGAUGAGCAGGGGCCAGGGUGUUGGGUGCAGAUAAGAGAGGCUCAAGACUGAGGGGAGUCAGGACACCCAGAAAUGGGAAACGUGGCUGCACGGAGGCCUGAGGGGCCCUGGAGGACUUCCGUUUCCCUUGGGCAUGGGGAGAGGGCCGAAUCAGUCAUACGCCUCAGUUUCUAGCCUCGCAAGACCCCUCUCUGCUUCCAUUAUUUAUCUCCUCUGUCCCUAUUUUCCACUCACUUCCGCUAGGCUGCCAUCUACGUAUAUUCUUCACACGUGCUCUUCCAGAGUGUGUGUUGCACUUCUGAAAAACUCCCCCUUGAUUAUACUUGAAGACUGUAUAUCACAAAUAAAAACGAUUCUAUUAAAGUGUGGUGGAGUCAGGAGGUGGCAGGGACUCUGUGGGGUGUGACACUCACAGAGGGUUGGGGUCGGGAGGCAGUGCUCCUAGAGGGACAAAGUGAAGAGGGAAGGGCCCUCCCGGCCAGCAGCCCAGGUGUGGGCGUGGGUGGGAUGAGUCUGGGGGAAGCGAUGCGAGGGGCGGGGUGGGACCCUGCUCCGGUCUGGCGAUGGGUAGGUGGGCAAGCUGCGGGCCAUGGGGACGCACACAGUUCAGGGGUCCGAACUUGAUGCGUGGGCAGGGCCACACCCCUGUGGAAGGGGCGUUGGAAGAAGACAGUUC